GAGGUCAGCCGCAAGGUUUAUAAAGGCAUGCUGGACUUGCUGAAGUGCACCGUGUUGAGCCUGGAGCAGUCAUAUGCAAAUGCUGGCCUGGGAGGCAUGGCCAGUGUCUUUGGCCUGCUAGAGAUAGCACAUACUCACUAUUACAACAAGGAACCAGAAAAAAGAAAACGAAGUCCAACGGAUGGAUCUGUCACUCCAGUUGGCAAGGAUCCUGCAUCAUCCCCAAGAGUGGACCCAAAACCUGCGAUGCAGCUGCCGGUACCUCAGCUGAUGCCAAAGGCACCGAGCCCUGCAGGCAAAGGGCCAAGGGAAUUUGACACAAGGAGUCUAAAGGAAGAAAAUUUUAUUGCUUCCAUUGAAUUGUGGAACAAGCACCAGGAAGUGAAAAAGCAAAAAUCUUUGGAAAAAACGAGGCCAGAAGGUGUGAAACACUUUGAUUUGGCAGAAACGGAUGAGAAAAAAUCUCAAAUCAGUGCAGACAGUGGCCUCAGUUUGGCCUCAGGUUCUCAGAAGAGUGAUUUUGACUCUAUUCCCAGCGGAGGACCAGCAGUUAUGGUCCGAAGUACAAGCCAGGAUUCUGAAGUCAGCACAGUGGUUAGUAACAGUUCCGGAGAGACAUUAGGAGCAGACAGUGACUUGAGUAGCAAUGCUGGUGAUGGCCCGAGUGUGGAAAACGGUGGCAAUUUGACAGGAUCCAGAGGCACUGUGUCAGACAGUGAAAUUGAGACAAACUCUGCUACUAGCUCUAUCUUUGCAAAGUCUCACAACGUGAAGCAGAGUGUGAAGGAUAGCAAAGGCAGCACUCCAGGGAGAGGCCCAGAGGAUGGGAACCAACGUGUCUAUCUCUAUGAAGGACUUUUAGGUAGGGAUAAAGGAUCUGUCUGGGACCAGUUAGAGGAUGCUGCAAUGGAAACCUUCUCUAUGAGCAAAGAGCGUUCAACUUUGUGGGACCAGAUGCAGUUCUGGGAAGAUGCUUUUUUGGAUGCUGUGAUGUUAGAGAGAGAAGGAAUGGGGAUGGACCAGGGACCUCAGGAGAUGAUUGACAGGUAUCUUUCCCUGGGAGAACAUGAUCGAAAGCGUUUGGAAGAUGAUGAGGACCGCUUGUUGGCUACACUGCUGCAUAAUAUGAUUGCUUAUAUGCUUAUGAUAAAGGUGAACAAGAAUGAUAUCAGGAAAAAGGUGCGUCGUCUGAUGGGAAAAUCACAUAUUGGAUUGGUGCACAGCCAGCAAAUAAAUGAUAUUCUCGACAAGCUUGCCAAUCUGAAUGGCCGGGAACUCCCUGUGAGACCCAGUGCGGGGGCCCCCCGCCACAUCAAGAAACAGACUUUUGUAGUACAUGCUGGGACAGACACAACAGGAGAUAUAUUUUUCAUGGAGGUAUGUGACGACUGCAUUGUGCUGAGAAGCAACAUUGGAACUGUGUAUGAACGUUGGUGGUACGAGAAACUCAUCAAUAUGACUUACUGUCCCAAAACAAAAGUGCUGUGCCUCUGGCGGAGGAAUGGUCAGGAGACACAACUGAACAAGUUCUACACAAAGAAGUGUCGGGAAUUAUACUACUGUGUAAAAGACAGUAUGGAGCGAGCAGCAGCAAGACAGCAAAGCAUUAAACCAGGCCCAGAGCUGGGUGGUGAAUUCCCUGUGCAGGAUAUGAAAACCGGUGAAGGAGGUCUUCUUCAGGUCACACUGGAAGGAAUUAACCUGAAAUUUAUGCACAGUCAGGUUUUCAUAGAGCUGAAUCACAUUAAAAAGUGCAAUACUGUGCGAGGAGUCUUUGUCCUGGAGGAAUUUGUUCCUGAAACUAAAGAAGUGGUGAGCCACAAGUACAAGACGCCAAUGGCUCACGAGAUCUGCUACUCCGUGCUGUGUCUCUUCUCCUAUGUGGCUGCCAUUCGUGGAAAAGAGGCAGAAAACAAAAGCAAACCACCUCGACCAGUUUCCAGUUGAUCACGAUAUUGGGAAACACCCACCCUUUGGCACGUUGACGUGCAGUACUCCCAUUUUUACUGCAGUUCCUGGAGCCCACUUUACUGUCUUCUAUGAGAACUUGAUUACUCAUGUAUAACCCCGCAAGUCUUUCCUCAUAAAAAAACCUAAGACUUCACUGCUCAGUCUCCUUCUGAAUUCAUCUUUAAUGAACUUUUUAUAUGAGCUGUUAAUCAGACAGUGUUGAGCAUCAGCAUCCAGCUGUGAGUGACCUACUCUGGCCAUUCCUUUGGAAUUCCUUUUUCCUUAAGAUGCCAAACAGCUUGAGUUUGGUUGGGUUUUUGUUUCUAGUGGUACUUGUUACAGAUUAAUCACUUUACAACUGCAGGCAUCUGCUUUCAGAGUCUCUGGUAUGUGCACAGUGGAAGCAGUCUGGUCCUGCAUGUUGUUUAAAUGUAGUGUUUUUAUUGUUUUCCUUCUGUGUUGUUCAUUUUUACUCACCAACAUGGAGUUCUUGUCACAUAGUUCUUCAGACCCUUUUGGUAGAGAUGAAAGAUUUAGCUACCAUAGUCUUAAAAUAUCAUGUGACAAUUGAAGUUUGGCUGUUAAAUUGGUCCAUCUGUGGAGGUGACUGCUUCUCAAGUGGGAAAAGAAGUGGAGAAAGAAACUUUAAAGGCUGUAUAUUGUGAAAAAC